GAGCUGCCGGAGCACGCCGGGAGCUUCAAGGACACGCGGAUCGUGGAAUUUGUAUUCCUUUUGUCUGAAAAAUGGCACUUGGACCAAUCAACGAGGUACCAAGCAGUCGAGUUGCUCGAAAGGUAACAAGAGCGCGGAACGCUUGGUGUGUUUCGUGUUCUCUGGCUGCGCUGCCCACGCUCUGUCCUGCCCUGUCCUGCUCUGUCCCCUCACCCAAACUACACACGAUGUCUGUGUGUGCUCUGUCUCUUCAUCCAUUUAAUCCACAUUACCAGCUCUGUGUAUACUCUGAAUAUAUGUGGAAUUGCCUCUCUUCCUUCUUCUCAGCAAAAAAGACAACUGUGCUCUGAGCAACUGUGGGUUUUGCAGGUUUAUGAUCAAGCAGGUAGAGCAGAUGUGGGAGUCCUCCAGUGGGAGUGUUAAAGGUGGUGCCCAAGGACAAGGGAGCACCUGGAGCUCUGUGAGGGAUGAGAUAGUCAACACCUUUGUCCUGCGACUCGUGUCGUGCAUUCAGCUCGCGAGCAAACUCUCCCUGCACUAUAGCAGAGUGACCAGUGACAAAGCUUUAAAAUUUCUGCAGUCCUUGAAAUACUCCUACACUAAACAGGAGUUGCUGGAGUCAGAGCUUGCUGUUUUAAACACUCUGCACUUCCACAUCAACGUGUCCAAUCCGUUGGCCUACGUGGAAUUGCUUCUGGAGGUUCUAGGACACAAUGGGUGCUUGCUUCCUGCUAAACCCUUGCACCAAAUGUGUGUGCAGCUGCUGGACUUCUGCUACCUGACCAGAGAGACCAUCUACGACACUUUGCUGAAGAUCGCCAUCGAAAACUCCACACCCAACAAGCUGCAGGGCCAAGUUUCUGACAGUGAAGGAAGAUUUCAUGCUCUUGGCUGUUGGAAUCAUCAGCACGGGCGUGUUCAUCCUGAGCCCUGGGCACUGGGAUCAGGUUGUGGAGCAUUUGAACUGUAUCACUGGCAUCACUCCACAGAGCAUCCUGGAGUUCUCGUACGCGGUGCUGAGGCGCAUCCUGGGCAGCAGCACCGUGCCCAGGCAGCACCACGGGAGCUGUGGGGCCAAAGCUCCCAAGGGCAGGAUUCUGCCCCUGAAAUAGAACCACCUUGUCUGGAACUCUGCUGUGCUGUCUCCACCUGCUGCUUUUCUAAAAUCCCUGUCUCCAGCUGCUUGUGACUGUUUCCUCUCUGCCAGUGCUUGGAGCACUUUUGCUCUUGCCCUACCACAGCCAGUAACGACCAGCAUUGUGACUAGGACAGAAUCCUUUAAG